AUGGCGUUCACGUCCGCAGAGUGCGAGCAAGAUCCUCGAUCAGCCCGUGGCUUUACACGCGAUAAAGAGGGUCACCUCACCGGCACGGUCUCAGUCACAGCCUCCUGGGUAGCAGGUCCGACAGCUGACACUGAUUGGGAGGAUCUAUGGAACGCUGAUAAUAUUGACAGCAAAGUUGAGGUGUUAAACUUACGACUUCUUGAGUGCUACGACAGACAUGCACUGCUACAGAGUGUCUGUUUCAAGAAUCUGCCAGCUUCUUGGAUCACUGAUGUUUUGAGGGCGGCUAUGCGCGAGAGAGAUCUGGCAAGGAGGGUGUGGCGCAGAAGACGCGAUGAUACGAGUUAUCAUCGUUAUAAGACCUUUCGCAAUAAAGUGCAGAGUGACAUCAGAUUCGCCAAGCGGGCCUACUUCCUGUCUGUCUUCGAGCGCUCUGACAACCCUAAUGUGAUAUGGAGCAGACUGCGUCACCUGGGUCUUGUAAAAUCCAAAGAUACGGAUGGCCCGUUGCGUCAUUCUGUUGACGAACUUAACAACUUUUUCGUACAGUCAACCGACGAGGGUGACACGGAUGGGAUGUCUAGUAUCGAUCUCAGCGAGAUUGAGUUCGAUGACAAUAAUUUUUACUGGAAGCACAUCACGCUAUCUGUUAUCCUUUCUGCGAUAUCCAGACUGAAGUCGAAUGCUACUGGAUCGGAUGGAAUCACACCAAGACUGAUCAAGUUGGUUUUGCCGUGCAUAAUGCCUGUCUUGGAACACAUCUUUAACUUCUCGUUGACGCACGGUGCUUUCCCUAGUCAAUGGAAGUCUACGCUUGUGUGUCCGAUUCCAAAAACUAAAAAUCCAACUUCGGUGCAGAAUUACAGGCCUAUCUCCGUGCUGCCAGCCUUGUCCAAAGUGCUAGAGCGUGUGUGGCGGAACAAAUAUGCUCCUAUCUCGUGGCCAACGAUCUCCUCGAUCCCUAUCAAGCUGCCUAUAAGAAAGGGUAUUCUACACAAGCAUUUGAUAGAGUCUAACAUUCGGUCUUGUUUAGGAAACUACGAGAUUUACGGUUCUCUCGCUCUACCCUGGAAUGGAUUUUGUCAUACUUGGAAAGUAGAUCACAGGUGGUACGAAAUGGAGUGCACCAUCUCCGCAGAGGCGGCUGUAAAGGUGGGGGUACCACAGGGCUCUGUGCUAGGCCCGCUACAUUUUAUUUUAUAUCUUUCCGGUUUCAUAAGCAUCCUAAGGCACUGCAAGUACAACUUCUACGCUGACGACUUGCAAAUAUAUUUCCACUGCGAGCCCCGCAAACUUGAGGCAAUUGCCAAGAUCAACGCGGACAUAGCCUCAGUCGUGAACUGGUCUGCCUCCAAUGGGCUUAUCCUUAAUGCUGCUCAGGCUAUCAUUAUAGGCACUGCGCGUUACAUAAAUGCGAUGGAAGUCUCGCAGCUACCCCCGAUAAGGAUUGAGGGAGACGUGGUGCAGUAUGCCACGCAGAUCAAGUAUCUCGGUGUUGUGAUUGCAAACAAUCUGUCUUGGGAACAUCAUAUAUCCAACACUCUGAGGAAGGUGAGAUCUACUUUAUACCAACUGAAGUUGUGCAAACAUUUAAUGCCUGACACACUAAGAGCGAAGCUGAUCACCACCCUGAUUUUUCCGCACUUCGACUAUUGUUGUGCGGCCUUCACGAACAUCACUGCGGAACAGGACCUUAAGCUAUACAGAGCCAUGAAUGCUUGCGUAAGAUUCGUACAUCGUAUGCGGUAUGAUGAGCAUGUCACACCCCAUUAUAUACAGCUACAGUGGUUGAAGCCAGAUUCAAGGAGGCAAUAUUUCAUCUGUUGCCUGCUUUUUAAUAUCAUCAAGACGCAAAUUCCGGGUUUCUUGUACUCUGGCUUCACCUCCAGAUCCGUUGAAUCUGGGAGAGACUCAUGGGUCGACGAUGCUUGGUUACGACGUGACGGAAAUUUAAUUGAAUUGCACAACAGGCCUAGCUCCCAGGCUCAAUGGGCACAAUCUGAUAUUCCUGCAGACUUUACGGCUGAAGUACGCAAUCACCUGACAGAGACUUUCGGAAAUUGA